AUGAAGCUCUCGGUAUUUAGCGCCAAACCUUACGACAAGACCUACUUCGAGGCAGCCCACGCCGAGGCGGCGUCUUCGGAUUCUAUCAAGGUCACAUACCACGAUUUCCCCCUCAACGAGGAGACGGUCUCCUUCAUCAAGGACACAGAUGCCGUGUGCGCCUUUGUGAACGAUUCGCUCCAUGGAGCCGUCAUUGACAUGCUCGCCGAAAGGGGCGUCAAGGCUAUUCUCCUUCGCUGCGCAGGCUUCAACCACGUCGACCUGGACGCGGCCGCGCGACACGGCAUCAUGGUCGCCAACGUGCCCUCGUACUCGCCCGAGGCUGUCGCCGAAUUUGCCGUCGCGCUCUUGCAGACGCUCAAUCGGAACACGCAUCGCGCGUACAACCGUGCGCGCGAGGGCAACUUUGCCCUCAACGGGCUUCUGGGAAGGACCCUGCACGGGAAGACGGUGGGUAUUCUGGGCGUGGGCAAGAUUGGCCUCGCCACAGCGCGGAUCAUGAAAGGCUUUGGCUGCAGAGUCAUUGCAUUUGAUCCCUUCCCGUCCAAGGCGUUUGAGGAGUAUGGCGAGUACCGAGAUCUGGACACCUUGCUGGCGGAAUCCGACGUUAUCAGUCUUCACUGUCCGCUCAUGGAAAAGACAAAACAUAUCAUCAACGACCAGAACAUUGCAAAGAUGAAAAAGGGGGUACUGUUGGUGAAUACGUCCAGGGGCGGGCUGAUUGACACCAAGGCAGUCAUCAAGGCCCUCAAGACCCAUCAUAUCGGUGGUGUGGCUCUUGAUGUCUAUGAAGGCGAAGGCGAUCUGUUCUAUGACGAUCACUCGGGUGAAAUCAUCCACGACGAUGUGCUCAUGCGGCUCAUGACGUUUCACAAUGUGAUUGUCAGUGGCCACCAAGCGUUCUUCACCGUAGAGGCCUUGACAGAAAUCGCAGAGUGUUCGCUGCGCAACCUGGAAGAGUUUAUGAAAACCGGAUCGUGCGCCAAUGCGCUAGGCAACACGGACAAAGGGGCGAAGAAAUCAUCGCUUCCUGUGAGGAACGUGUAG